CCCUACUAAAACCUUUUUGUCCGCACCGCAAGUCUUCGUUCCCUCAGUGAUACCACCACAUAUCAAAAUCUUACUAGAGUUUCUAGAAGCUGCGACUAUGCUCAGGCUCUCGAAGCGUUCCGUCUCUACCUUCUUACGCUCCGGCGACAGAAGCCUCCGCGUCGCUGCGGCCGCAACUUCCAUCUCCCGCUCUUCCCCAUCAUCUACCACGGAUUCGAAAGGAGUUGACAGUGGAUCGAGAUGGUACUCAUCCGUAACCAAUGGGAAAUGUAUGAAACAUGAGUCCUUGGCUAAAUUGAACAUGAAGACCAAUUGGUUUAUGGGAUACCGGAACGAAUCCACUGCUGCAGCAUCAGACUCCGCUUCUCAGGCUCCUCCACCGGUCGAGAAAUUUGAAUAUCAAGCUGAAGUUAGUCGCCUUCUGGACCUCAUCGUUAACAGUCUGUACAGCAACAAGGAGGUGUUUCUUCGGGAGCUUAUCAGCAAUGCUAGUGACGCAUUGGAUAAACUGCGUUAUUUGAGCGUUACGGACCCUGAGCUCUCAAAGGAUGCCGCUGAUCUUGAUAUACGCAUCUAUGCGGACAAGGAGAAUGGAGUAAUUACUCUCACUGAUUCAGGUAUCGGUAUGACACGACAAGAAUUAGUUGACUGCCUUGGGACUAUUGCGCAAAGUGGAACUGCCAAGUUCCUUAAAGCAUUAAAGGAUAACAAGGAUGCAGGUGGUGACAACAAUUUGAUUGGUCAAUUCGGUGUGGGGUUCUAUUCAGCAUUCUUGGUUGCAGAUCGGGUUACGGUGUCAACGAAAAGCCCAAAGUCUGAUAAGCAAUAUGUAUGGGAAAGUGAAGCAGAUUCAAGCAGUUACACUGUCAAGGAAGAGACUGAUCCUCAGUUGAUCAUUCCUAGAGGAACGCGUAUUACUUUGCAUCUUAAGCGGGAUGACAAAGGAUUUGCAGAUCCAGAGCGGAUUCAGAAGCUCGUGAAAAACUAUUCCCAGUUUGUUUCGUUCCCUAUAUACACGUGGCAGGAGAAAGGAUACACAAAAGAGGUUGAGGUUGAUGAUGAUCCAGCUGAGUCAAAAAAAGACGACCAGGAUGACCAAACUGAGAGAAAAAAGAAGACCAAGAAGGUUGUUGAAAGAUACUGGGAUUGGGAGCUUACUAAUGAGAUGCAGCCAAUUUGGCUCCGGAACUCUAAGGAGGUGACCACAGAGGAGUACAAUGAGUUUUACAGAAAAACUUUCAACGAGUAUUUGGACCCGUUGGCAUCAUCCCACUUCACUACUGAGGGUGAGGUCGAGUUUAAGUCCAUCCUUUACGUGCCACCUGUCUCACCAAUGGGGAAAGAUGACGUGGUUAAUCAGAAGACAAAGAACAUAAGGCUCUAUGUGAAACGAGUUUUCAUUUCAGACGAUUUUGACGGAGAGCUGUUUCCUAGGUACUUGAGCUUUAUUAAGGGUGUUGUGGACUCACACGACCUCCCACUUAACGUGUCCCGUGAGAUUCUUCAAGAAAGUCGCAUUGUGCGGAUCAUGAAGAAACGUCUGGUGAAGAAAGCUUUUGAUAUGAUU